CUCAACAGCAAAAGGUUUCUGUUUUAAAAUUUAUUUUCAGUCUGCUAAAAUGGACAUGAUGGAAUCUUUAAACAAUAAUGAUGUCAAUUUUAUUGAGAGAUUUUUGCAUGCCUUUAAGAUGUUAGGAGGUAGUGAGCUGGGAGUCAUUGAUUUUGAUCAUUUUAAACAAAUUCUGGAGCAGGAAAAUUCAGCUGAUGCUAAAGAAAUUCUGGAUCUUAUUAAAACAGAAAAUCAUGUGAAGGAUAACAAGCUUGACUUUGUAAGUUUGUGUUCUUCUAUUCUGUCUAUAAAGGGCAUUUUUAACAGUGCUCUGGAAAAUGGAAAGGUUGCUAUUCAAGGUCCAGGAAUAAAUACUCGUACAUUCACUCGAAACAAAGGUUCCGCUAAAACGAGUAACUCACCAUAUGACAAGACUAUUUCAACUCAGAAGAGUCUUAACAAGUUUCUUAAAGGUGUGCUGUUCCAUGUUGAUGGUGAUAUGCUCAGUUACCGCUAUCAGUUGGAGGUCCUGGAAAAUACUGUUGUCGAAAUUUUUGUUACAGCUAUAACAGAUAAAGGUGAGACUACACCUAACAUUCCUGUGGAAGUAUUGAUAUUUCAGGAUGGCAAGAAUAAAACUUUUAUUACAUCCUCAUCAUUCCUUAAUGAAGAUGGUUUUUGUACCGUAAAAUAUGCUUUGAAGAAAGGAAAAUACAUUCUAAUACCUAUCCUGUUGAAAUGGGACAUGUUGAGAAAGUCAAAUUCUUUUGACAGAUUGAAUUUGGAUUCAUUAAUACAUGUUGAAGAAGAUUCCAGUGUCAUUUUAACAUCAGCAUGUGAAAGAUCUUUGAAAACUAUUUUCGAUUGUAUCGAUCUUGAUGAAAAUGGGCUUCUCAAUCCAACUGAAUUUGAUUAUUUCAUUCGCCACGUAUCUGGCGAAACAGCAGCUGAAGAAUGGAAUACUGUUGAAGAUAAUUUUAAAACAGAAAAUCAACAGUUAACUUUUGAAGGCUUUGUGGAACUCUACAGAUUAGUUCUGCAAACAGAUCCUACUGAUGUAAUGAGCAUGCUGCAACAUAUGGGAAUGAAUGAAACUUUGGAACUUGAAAAUGCACUACCAUUCCGUUUGGCUGUCAAAUCUGUAUCUGGAAAGUUCAAUCUUCUACCACUGCCUGUAUCUUCCUACAAAGAAGUUGCUGAAAAAGUUUUGAGAAAAGUUGCUGUGGAACAAGGAGUUUCAAAGAAAGUCAGAAAUAUGAAUGAUUUAUUUGUUUUCAUUCAUCGUCUCCCAUACAGAGCGACACUUGUAAUUCAAAAUCAGUCUCACAGUCGAGUGAAAAUUAGAUUAGAUUGCAGCAAAAGUGUGAACUGUGCAAGCCAUUAUGGGCGUUUGGAUUUUACUUUUAAUGUGCUACCCAGAACCUGUAUAACUGGCCAUCAUUUGUUUCCUGUGGAUCCAUCAAAAGAGUGGACAGUUGAAUGUACAGAGUACCUGUUGUAAAAUUUUUCAUGAUGGGGUAUUAAACACCAUCUAAAAAUGAAUCAUUCAUAUAAUCAUGUUCAUGUACUAUUAUUUUCAUUUUUCGUUUUAUGUAUAUAUUUUUAUAUAAUUUACAAAAUCUUUGUUUUGUUACAUUUUAUUAAGUAGAGAAAGUUCCCCACACAGCAUAUCCCUUGAAUCAAUCUAGUUUAGAAAGUAAAUAAUAUCCAUACACACACAUAUCUUGACAAUGUAGUACAUAACAAAGCUUGUAUGUAAAUAUUUUAAUUUAUUGAUAUAGUUGCAAUAUUAAUUAGAUUAUUCAAUGUAUUUCUUCUAUGCACAAUUAGUCCACGUUACAUCAGUUCAAUAACAUUACUAGCAUCUUAAACUAAAUAGUUUUAGUUAUAAUUAAUGAGCAGUCAUUUAUUAGUCAAAUCUGCACUUAUACAUGCAUGUAAGACUUCUCUGUUAUAGAUGUAAACCUGAAAUUCUUGAAAAUAAAUGUUUCAAACAUG